UCUUCAUAUUGCUUCAGUUUCCUGGAAGGCCCAGCCCUGUAACACUUAUCACUCAUUCUUUCUUGAAAGAGCCUUUGUUGGUGGACAAAUGGAAGUGUGGGUGAUGGUCUGAGACAUUGUAGCCAAACUGGGAACUGAGGACAUGGCAGAGACUGAUCUCAAGAUGGUGCAUGACUUCACCAGAGUGGUGCAGACACUCCUGCAGCAGAUGCAAGAUAAAUUUCAGGCCACGUACAAGCACAUAUUUGGAAGAAUUAACGGUACGAGUAGUCACCUCGAUGAUCUGGGAAAAAAUAUCACAGACCUCCUGACAUGGGCUGGGGUAGAAGAACUGGAAGGUGAAAACAUGAUACCUGCUACACAAAAGAGUUGUAGGUUGCUAAUUACACUGGAACACCUUUUUUCCAAGCCAAGAGAAGACAGAAUGACAUUUUUGCAACUAACUACUAUGUGUAAACAAGUUUUUAUGUUAUAGUGCAUUCUUACCACAUACUAUGCAAUUAGUUUUUAGAGUGAUCUCUCUCUCCUGACCUCCAGGUUUGGAACUUGGUCAGUUGUGCUCUUUGUUAU